AUGAAGAUCAAUCAAGUUACUACAUUUACUGGACACGGACUUCAUUCCGAGCGUCAUCUUGCAGCACUAAACUCAGCAUCGAAACACUUUCCAAAGGAUCGUAUCAAAAAAGUUACGCUGCCCUCAAAGCUCACAAUCGAAUAUACAAUUACAAGCAGCAAAGAUGAAGUAGAGACGACAGAGCUGCCAAUAGAGCGAUUGGUGACAAUCAAUGGCUUUGUAAUGACCAAAGAGGCCUGGGCACCAAUUAUUGACCUCCUAAUGAACCAAUGGGAUGCCAAGACACAGGGCAAGAAGCUUCAGAUUCUCAGUUUUGAUAAUCGUGGUGCAGGUGGCAGUGAUGCCCCAUUCGCACGUUAUACAACAAGUCUAAUGGCUCAGGAUACGUUGGAAUUAAUGAGUCAUGUUGGAUGGGAUUCGGCACAUUUUAUAGGCGGCAGCAUGGGUGGCAUGAUCGCUCUUGAAUUGGCAGCAAUGAUGCCGGAGCGCGUGCUUUCAUUGACGCUAUUGGUCACAACGCGUGGGGCGUAUCUGCCCCAUCCAAGAGCGUGGAAGCCUUUUCUCGGGACGGUUCUUGGUGGAUCGAUGCAGUGCGUUAUGGAGCUGAUGUACCCGAGUACAAUCCUUAAUAAUCCCAUUGAAGGUCGAGAAGGUCUUCGGGUGAAAGAUGUGCUCGCAAAAUAUCACGCAACACCACAAUCUGACAACGGCUUUCCUCCGCUGUACGCGCUGAUCGCUCAAGGUAUGGCGUGCUUGACGCACUACGUCUCGGACGAGCGACUGGCACUUGUCGCCAAGUCGGGUUUCCCGAUCUUCAUCAUUGGGAGUAAACAAGACAUUUUGAUCCCGCCCGAGAACUCGAUGGCACUAAUUGAGCGUCUACAAGGUGACCAUGUGCAGACGCUCUUUUUUGAAACGGGUGGACACGGCGCGUUUUUUCAGUUCGCGGAGGAAAUUGCCGACGGCCUCGCACAAACUAUCAAACGUGCGAAGCUAUGA